CUCCGAGGAGCAGCCAUGUCUGUCCUAUACCCAUCACUAGAGGACCUAAAGGUGGACCAAGCCAUCCAGGCCCAGGCCCGAACCGCGCCCAGGAUGCCCACCCUGCCAGUCCAGACGGCAGCUGUCUCCCCGCAGGCAGUUUUGUACCCAAAUCUGGCAGAAUUGGAAAGUUAUAUGGGUCUUUCCCUCUCCAGCCAAGAAGUCCAGCAGAACCUGCCUCAGAUUUCAGAAGGUAACAGUACCGCGGGUUCGGGCCCCUGGCCAGGCCAGGUGGUGGCACCAGUGUCUGGGAACAACCUGGGCGUGCGGCGUGCUGAGAUCAAGCCCGGGGUGCGCGAGAUCCACCUGUGCAAGGAUGAGCGCGGCAAGACUGGACUGCGGCUGCGGGCCAUCGACCAGGGGCUCUUUGUGCAGUUGGUCCAGGCCAACACCCCCGCGUCCCUCGUGGGCCUGCGCUUUGGGGACCAGAUCUUGCAGAUUGAUGGGCGUGACUGUGCCGGAUGGAGCACAGACAAAGCCCAUCGGGCUGUGAAGAAGGCGUCACCUGAGAAGAUCGUCAUGAUUGUUCGGGACAGGCCAUUCCAGCGGAUUGUCACUAUGCACAAGGACAGCACGGGCCAUGUCGGCUUUAUCAUCAAGAAAGGGAAGGUUGUCUCUGUGGUCAAAGGCAGCUCUGCGGCCCGCAACGGGCUCCUCACCAACCACUGCCUGUGUGAGGUGAAUGGGCAGAACGUCAUCGGGCUGAAGGAUAAAGAGAUCAUGGAAAUUUUGGCCACAGCUGGGAACGUCAUCACCCUGACUAUCAUCCCUAUUGUCAUCUACGAGCACAUGGUCAAGAAGUUGUCCCCGACCCUGCUCCACCAUACCAUGGACCACUCCAUCCCAGAUGUCUGA